AUGCUUGUCACGUAUAGGUUAACGCGUGAUAUAAUUAUUUGUGUCGCGAACGACUUAUCUAGUGUUAUUUUUAUAUGUUUGGUUGGUGACAACCCAAACAGCUGGAUAGAAAUGUUUACAAUAAAAGGAGUGUUCUUGGCGGCGUAUCUGUUGUAUUGCGUAGACGCAAUAACAAUGACAGCCGAAGAGAAACUGAACGUGAGACCAAUAGUAGGAGUUCUAUCCCAGGAGCAGUCCAAACAUCUUCAGUCGAAGUUUCCCAAAGAGAACUAUACGAGUUAUAUUGGGGCUUCGUAUGUGAAGCACGUGGAAGCCGCUGGUGCAAGAGUCGUGCCGAUAUUGAUUGGAAAAAGUCGUGAUUACUACAAAGAUUUGAUGAAGAAAAUUAAUGGUGUAUUCCUGCCAGGUGGCGCCACUUUCUUCAACCAGUCGAACGGAUUCGCUGAUGCUGGACAGCAUAUCUACGAGAUCGCACAAGAAAUGAACAAUGAAGGCGAUUACUUCCCAAUUUUCGGGACAUGCCUCGGCUUUGAACUACUUAUUAUACUAGCUUCCGGGCGCGGGGAGAAAGAGAACAGAGUGGGAUGUUUUUCAUUUAGAAAUCUGUCCCUUAACUUUACUAGCGAUUUCCGUAGCAGCAAAAUGUUUAAAGACGUACCCGAGGAGUUGGUGAAAAUCCUCGCUGAUGAAGAAGUGACCGUUAACGCUCAUCAGUUUUGUAUUGUCGAUGAAAAUCUGAAAUCGCACAAUCUAACAAAAGACUGGCGAGUGACGUCAUACAGUAAAGAUGACAAUGGCACGUCGUUUAUAGCGACGAUUGAGAACACCAGAUAUCCAUUUUAUGGAGUUCAAUUUCACCCUGAAAAGAGUGCGUACGAGUGGAAAGCGUCCAAAAGCUAUCCUCACACGAACAAUGCUAUCAGAUCGAACCGUUACUUCCUGGACUUCUUCGUCGGAGAGUGUAGGAAGAACCGUCACUCCUUUGCCAGUGUCGAAGAGGAGAAUAAGUAUUUGAUUUAUAACUAUCCCCCGGUUUUUACGGGCGCACUUGGCAGUGCGUAUCAACAGUGCUAUUUCUUCGAACCUAAAUAUCAUGAUGUAACGGCAAACGGGGAUACAAAUUUGAAUCCGUACGAUACACUGUACUAUAGAACUGAUUUAUAUUGA